AUGAGCGCCAACAUGGCUGCAGCUGUGCCAGCCACUGUAGCUGCGUCCAGGAAGGAGUCUCCAGGCACAUGGGGCCUGGGAGAGGAGCCGGCAGGCGUGGGCCCCUCGCUCCAGUGUCGCGUGUGUGGGGACAGCAGCAGCGGGAAGCACUAUGGCAUCUACGCCUGCAACGGCUGCAGCGGCUUCUUCAAGAGGAGCGUGAGGCGGAGGCUCAUCUACCGGUGCCAGGUGGGGGCAGGGAUGUGCCCGGUGGACAAGGCGCACCGGAACCAGUGCCAGGCCUGCCGGCUGAAGAAGUGCUUGCAGGAGGGCAUGAACCAGGACGCUGUGCAGAAUGAACGGCAGCCGCGAAGCACAGCCCAGGUCCGGCUGGCCGGCUUGGAGCCAGACGCGGAGCGCCGGCUCGAGCCCCUGGCGGCCCCCCUGGCCCCGGCAGGGCCCGGCCCGCGGGGCCCCACGCCCGUUUCUGCAGGCAGAGCCCUGGGGCCCCGGGCCCUCACCCCUCCAGGGCACCACCACUUCAUGGCCAGCCUUAUAACGGCCGAAACGUGUGCUAAGCUGGAGCCAGAGGAUGCCGAUGAGAACAUUGAUGUCACCGGCAAUGAUCCUGAGUUUCCCUCAUCCCCAUACUCCUCCUCAUCCCCCUGUGGCCUGGACAGCAUCCACGAGACAUCGGCUCGCCUUCUCUUCAUGGCUGUCAAGUGGGCCAAGAACCUGCCGGUGUUCUCCAAUCUGCCUUUCCGGGAUCAGGUGAUCCUGCUGGAGGAGGCGUGGAGUGAACUCUUCCUCCUCGGAGCCAUACAGUGGUCGCUGCCUCUGGACAGCUGCCCACUGCUGGCCGCACCUGAGGCCCCCGCCGCCGGCAGCUCCCAGCACCGCCUGGCGCUGGCCGGCGCGGAGAGCCGCAUCCUGCAGGAAACCAUCUCGCGGUUCCGAGCCCUGGCGGUGGACCCCACGGAGUUCGCCUGCAUGAAGGCCCUGGUCCUCUUCAAACCAGAAACUCGAGGCCUGAAGGAUCCAGAGCACGUGGAGGCCUUGCAGGACCAGUCCCAAGUGAUGCUGAGCCAGCACAGCAAGGCGCACCACCCCAGCCAGCCUGUGAGGUUUGGGAAAUUGCUCCUGCUCCUCCCAUCUUUGAGGUUUAUCACUUCGGAACGGGUCGAGCUCCUCUUUUUCCGCAAGACCAUAGGGAAUACGCCAAUGGAGAAGCUCCUCUGUGAUAUGUUCAAAAACUGA